GUUUCAUGUUGAAGAAAAUCUGUGUGUUGGGGUACUAGGGACCUCAAUGUAGUCGCCAUGAAGCUGGGCUGUGGGCUCACAGCAUGGGCCCUCUACAUGUUCCCUGUUAUGCUCUGGGCAGCCCAGAUGUUACCAGGUGGAUGUCAUGCUGCUCCAGCAUCGUUUUCUGGCUGCCCCUCAUCCAUGCCCUCUUCAGCUGCCGUCCUGGAGAUUGUGCAGUGUGAAGGGUCUGUCAGCACCAAGGAGAGCAGCUGCCACACCAGUGAUGAUGUGACGGUGACGGGCACAGAGGACGCUGGCUUUCAGGUCAAGGGCUACACAUUCAGCGAACCCUUCCAUCUGAUCGUGUCCUAUGACUGGCUGAUCCUCCAAGGGCCAGCUGCCCCCAUAUUUGAAGGGGAUCCACUAGUUCUACGCUGUCGGGCCUGGCAAGACUGGCCACUGACUGAAGUCACAUUCUACCGAGAUGGCUCAGCCCUGAGCCCCCCUGGACCUAACAGAGACUUCUCCAUACCUGUGGUACAAAAGACAGACAGCGGGCACUACCACUGCAGUGGCAUCUUCAGGAGCCCAGGUCCUGGAAGCCCAGAGACAGCAUCUCCCAUAACUGUCACAGUCCAAGAACUUUUUCCAGCCCCAGUUCUCAGAGCCUCACCCUCAGCUGAGCUUCAAGAGGGAAGCCCAGUAACUCUGAACUGUCAGACAAAGCUGACCCCGCAGAGGUCAGCCAGCCGCCUCCUCUUCUCCUUCUACAAGGAUGGGAAGACAGUGCGCAGCAGGGCUCUGUCCUCGGAAUUCCAGAUCCCCACAGCUUCAGUAGAGCACUCUGGGUCCUACUGGUGUGAGGCAGCCACAGAGGACAGCCAAGUUUGGAAACACAGCCCCCAGCUGGAGGUCAGGGUGCAGGGUCCCCCCAGCUCUCCUGCAUCUCCAACCUCGAACCCAACUUCUCAGAAAUCAGCUGGUCCAGAAACAAGUUCUACAGAACCUCCCAGGCCUGUGCCUCCAGUAGCACCCCCAACUUCUGAGCCCCCAGUCUUUUCCUCUCCAGAUCCUCACCUGCAUUACCAGAUGGGAAUUCUCCUCAAACAUAUGCAGGAUGUACGCAUUCUUCUUGGUCACCUGGUCAUGGAGCUGAGGGACUUGUCUGGCCGCCUGAAACCUGAGACUGCAAAGGCUCCUGCCAAAUGAAAACCCUUGUCCAUGAUGGGGCUCAGCUGCUCUCCAUAAAUCCAACUGUAUUGCUCUCUUUCUGUCCUGCACAUAAGCCUGAAUAGUUUUACAAGUUGUCCCAGUAUCUUGUUAGAAUAAUGGAUGAAGCAGGUGAGUAUAAAUAAAUGUGUACAAAGUGAUAGUUGGAGUUCAGUUCUAACUUGUGUUCUCUGAACAUGACAAAAUAAAUCUGCUCUGUCUGGACCAAGAA